AUGUCGAAUGUUGAUCGUGUUCUUGUGGAACGCUUUAGACAGGCUAAGCAUAUUCCUAGGCCAAAGGUACUUCCUCGUGCUUCACUCCCUUCCCUUCCACAAACUACUCACAUGCCACCACUUCAUAAGCUUCAAAUCCCUGUUCCGCAGCAAGCCGAGUUUAUGCGCUUUCCCACGCCACCACGUAUGCCUCCGCAUUCACCUCGUCGCUUGUCACCAGCGACGACCAUAUGCUUGAAAAGAGUUUAUCGCACUGUGAAACAGUUGUCAACAAGAGACCACUUUCUGGAAUAUCCCCUUUUGAAGAAGGUUGACAACACUCCGAAGAACAAACCGAAAGUCAGGCGAGCGAAGCGAUGGAUUCCACGCUGGAGAAGGAAGAGCUCCGUUGCUUUUGAAGAAGAGAAUGGGAACGACGAAGAACCAAAAAGCAUCCGUAGGAGGCAAGUUCAACUCAGUUCAAACAGUUCAAAAACACAGAUCGCAAGCAAACUCGAGAAUACUGAAACUUUAAGCGACAAGCUCAAGAUCCUUCGAGAUAGUGAUAGUACUAUAACGGAAAUCGAAGUGGCCGGUGGGCGUUUGAAUGAGCGUCAAAUGGAGAACCAGCCAAAACGUUUCUUGGGAUUCGAGGAGAAUCGAGAAAAGAGUAAUGAUGAAGAGCUGGAAAAAAUAAGA